UUUAAUUCAAAUUUUCAUUUUUUUUUACUUCAAAUUACAAUUGUUUAGGUCAAAUGGAUCCUAAUCAUUUUCAUUAUCAACAAGCUAUGUUCAAUUUCAUGCAAAAUUAUCAAAAUCCUAAUCCUCAAAAUUCUCAAAUUCCACCGAUGCCACCAUUUUCUACUCAAGUUCCACCAUUUUCUACUCAAGUUGGUACUGAAAAAGAAGAAAGGGUUGUUGUUAAAAAAAAAUCUCGAGAGCAAUUUGCAAGGGAUGAGGAUAUACUACUUAUCCAAUCAUGGCUCAAUGUUUCAAAGGAUCCAAUUGUGGGAGUUGAUCAAAAGGCUGAGAGUUUUUGGGUAAGAGUCGCUGCCAAUUAUAACCAGUAUCGUGGGGAAUCGCGGGAAAAGUUAAAGGGACAAUUAAAAUGUCGAUGGCAUCGAAUAAAUGGCUUGGUUCAAAAAUUUGUUGGGUGUUACAAACAAGCUGUUAAUGGAAAGAAAAGUGGGACAUCGGAGAACGAUGUCAUGGCCGCUGCAAAUGCAUUUUUUGCUCAGGAUCAAGGUACAACAUUCAACCUUGAGUACGCAUGGAGAUUGUUAAAAGAUGAACCUAAAUGGAUGGGAGAAUCGAUUGAAAGUUCUUCAAAAAUAACAAAGACUUAUGCUAGUGAGGCAUCAUCGGAGAACCCAAAUACACCUUCAAGUUAUGAGUUUAACUCAUCAUCACCAAUGGAGCCAGAACGUCUUGCAUUGUGGUCUGGCUUGUCUUCGGUGUCAUCUGCUGUUAGUCAUAAAAGAUUGCACAAAAGGUGUGCAACUCAUGUUUACAUCAGUCAUACGAUUCGGAGUAUAGAGUUGCCAAAACAAAGAGUUAUCAAAGAGUCUAAGCUUCGUGAAUGUCGUGAAACGAGAGCACACGAAGGGUCAAAGAGUGGAGUUCCUUUCCAAGUACACAACUUGAACAGAGUUACUUGUGAAACUGUGAGGAAUCAUAAUGAAAGUAAGAAUAGUAUUCUUUUGCAGCAAUGCCACUAUGGUGAGAUAUCACAGGCUGCUCCAAGACCUGGAGUAUAUGAUCCUCAAAAGCAAUUAAGCUCGAGGUUUAUUUCGCUGAUAAAAGACGGAGGAGGUACUAUGCUCGAAGCAAAGGGUCUUUACAAAGAGGCUCUAAAAUCUUUUCGUGAUGCUUUGAACCUUGAUCCUACACAUGUCCCUAGCUUGAUUGAUAUCAACUGCGGCCGUUCUUAG